CAAACCAUUUCUGGUAUUGUUUUCCGUGACUCGUGAAGAAAUUGAAAACUAACUAUCGCAGGAGUUUAGCUUUCACUACCAAUCCAGAAGUCCGGUUCGCUAUGGCGUUCUUUAAUUUACUCAAUAAGGUGGAAUACGCCUGCGUUUGUGGUUUGCUGAAUCCUCUAACUAAGUUGUACUUCUGCCGACACUGCAUGAAGCUGCGUUGUGGGUUCUGUGUUUGCCACGAAGUAGAUUCCCAUUUUUGCUCGAACUGUCUGGAGAACAUCCCUUCGUCGGAGGCCAAGAUUCGCAGAAAUCGUUGCAAUACCUGCUUCAACUGUCCCAGUUGCCAGCAUACGUUGUCGGUGCGGGCCUCGACAGCUACCGUGCCGCUGACCGGUGGUGGCGAAGGGAAGGAAUCGCCGUCGCCAGCCGCAGAGGAGAGCGGCAACAAUAAGGGUGCAACGAAAGCGGAACCGGCCUCAGAGUCAGCAACACCGUCUAAUACGCCUAGUGGCAAACAAGUGACGAAGAAAAUGUACUAUCUAGCAUGCCUUACAUGCCGCUGGAACUCUCGGGACGUUGGCAUUCCGGACCAAGGUGUGGCAACUGGUCAGUGGCCAGAGCCGGAGUAUCCGAAUGCGACGCGUUUUGCGUUGCUACUAGAGCACUACCAAUCGAUAGUACUGCACGAUAAGCAGGAGCGCCAGGAACUUUGGCGCCGUAAGACACCAAGGCAGAGCAAGUUUCCCAGCUUGACUGACCGUACCGGCCUGACGGUGUCUAUGAUCCGCCGGCAGCUGGGUUGGAGCGAUGUGAAGGUGCAACUUAAAACGACACCAACUCCGAUCAAGGAAUCUGUCGCCAGCGACGAGGUGGAAGAACUGCCGGCCGAGCUGUUUAGCACAACGGUGAACCUGAAAACCGUUACCACACUACAGCAGCGGCUGGCGCAACCCGCCAAGCAGUCGACCUCGGUCAACCAGCUCUAUCCGCAGCACAAGCUGCUCUCGAUAAAACGCUCUCUGCGUUGUCGACAGUGCGACCACAACGUGAUUAAAUCGGAGUACAAUCCGGCGUCUAUCAAGUAUCGCAUCGCGCUGUUUGCUGCUUACCACGUUCCGGACGUGCGUCUGGUGCGUUGCGAUCCGCUACGCGUGGGAGGACCGGAAGCAGCAUUGCUUCUUCGCAUCACCAACCCAACCAUCAACGAAAUGACGAUCACCAUCAUGGAUCUACCAACGGAGGAGGAAGAGAAGCUAAUACUGGAGGAGCUGAAGGCGUCCAUCGAGAGUGCUACGGCUAGUGUUUCCUCUAUGACACUGUCCGUUCCGGGCCUGGGGAAACAGGGAUCGCUGCUGGAGGAACCCCGAAUGAUUGAACGCUCGGUAAACGGAAUCCUCAAGCUGCCAGAUAGCAGCUUCACGGUCAACCAGCGCGAUGAUUCUAUCGAGUUUGAUGAGGUUGUGCAAGUGCACCAGGACGAGCCCAAGUUCAUCGUAUGGCGCAAGGCAAACCACGUCGCCAUUCAGCUUGGGGUACAACCGAAAUCGAACGUGCCGACCGGUGAAGACAUCGUGGUCGGCUUUUCACUCCAGUACACCUACGUCAACACGGUCGGGGAUAAGAGCGUCUCUGCAUCGAAGGAACAGAAACGUCAGGCGUUAACAACGCGUAUUUAUCUCAAUCUCGGCAAGCUGCUGCCAUCUGGAACGGAUUGAGCAACGUUAACCGAUGUUUAAUUAUUUUCUCCUUCUUUCACAGUCCAUCAUUUAUUAAAAUUAUGAUCAUAACCAUUAUUAAAUUUAACGGAUGCCCAAAUGUAAUCGAGUUGUAUUUAACCAAACUGUAGGGUUUAAGCAUUUAUUUAUGUGUGUACCGCAUCUAUGCAAAAGAGCACCCAGCACUUUAAUUUUUUGUAAUAUCACCGAGAGUAGAUAGGAAACGAGAAUUUGGAAUGUGAAUUAUUAGAAUUUUAGUUGGAGCAAGCGAAGUCAUCAUAUGGUAACAAAAACACUUGAGGCUAGCUCCACUAGAAAUUAUGAUCCCCAUAUGGUAUCGAGGGUUUAAUUUGUUUGGAAUCGGAUACAUUCGGUUGUUCCUGAUUAUUUCAUCGAUAUUUAUCUGCCAGGUCGUUCGGUUCAAAGCUGUAGGUUUUCCAUCGGCUUCGUUUGAAGCAGCUAUGGUAUUACGCUCAGUCGUACUGAAGGUUAGGCCGGUUCGGGAACUAAUUCUUUAUUAACACUUUCUUGUUAGGGAAUGAAUAAAAUUUAUCUCCAAAAAAAUCGUAUAAAAUGUUCCCCGAACUUGCGGGUUAUUGUUAUCAAAAAGUAAAAUUUGCUUGCAGCUGUAAUGAAACAUAUAAUAAAAUAUUCGGAAACUAAACA